AUGUCGGGCACCCGCGCGUCCAACGACCGCAGCGGCCACGCGGCCGCCGCCCCCGCCGCCGCCGCCGGCCUCAAGCGGGCGCGCAGCGAGCCGGGCGGGAACAAAGUGACCGUGGUGCUGGGCGCGCAGUGGGGGGACGAAGGCAAGGGCAAGGUGGUCGACCUGCUGGCCACCGAGUCGGACAUUGUGUGCCGGUGCCAGGGUGGGAAUAAUGCAGGCCACACUGUGGUUGUUGACGGGAAAGAAUACGAUUUCCACUUAUUUCCUAGUGGCAUAAUUAAUCCAAAGGCAAUUUCUUUUAUUGGUAAUGGGGUGGUUAUACAUUUACCAGGCCUGUUUGAAGAAGCUGAAAAGAAUGAAAAGAAAGGUUUAAAAGAUUGGGAGAAAAGACUUAUUAUAUCAGAUAGAGCCCAUAUAGUGUUUGACUUUCACCAGGCRGUAGAUGGGCUCCAAGAAGUACAACGUCAAGCACAAGAAGGAAAAAACAUUGGCACAACAAAGAAAGGUAUUGGACCAACAUAUUCUACCAAAGCUGCACGAACAGGUCUUCGAAUUUGUGACCUCCUUUCUGACUUUGAUGAAUUUUCUUCAAGAUUCAAAAAUCUGGCACAGCAGUACAAGUCAAUGUUUCCCACGCUGGAAGUGGAUGUAGAAGGACAGUUGAAAAAGCUAAAGGGGUAUGCUGAAAAAAUAAGACCCAUGGUUCGAGAUGGCGUCUAUUUCAUGUAUGAAGCUCUUCACGGUGCUCCAAAGAAAAUUCUUGUGGAAGGAGCCAAUGCAGCAUUGCUGGAUAUUGACUUUGGCACGUAUCCCUUCGUGACUUCAUCAAACUGCACCAUCGGUGGUGUCUGCACGGGGCUUGGAGUUCCUCCCCAGCAUAUCGGCGACGUGUACGGCGUGGUGAAGGCCUACACUACGAGGGUGGGAAUUGGGGCMUUCCCCACUGAACAGAUUAAUGAAAUUGGAGACCUUUUACAGUCCCGUGGCCAUGAGUGGGGAGUAACCACAGGCAGAAAAAGACGCUGUGGCUGGUUAGAUCUUGUCAUUUUGAAAUAUGCUCAUAUGAUCAACGGAUUCACUGCUUUGGCAUUAACAAAACUGGAUAUUCUUGAUGUCCUUGAUGAGAUUAAAAUUGGAGUUGCUUACAAAUUGGGUGGAAAAAGAAUUCCAUAUUUUCCAGCUAAUCAGGAGAUACUACAGAAGGUGGAGGUAGAGUAUGAAACRAUGCCUGGCUGGAAGACCGACACAACCGGUGCCCGAAAAUGGGAGGACCUCCCAGCCAAGGCACAGAAUUACAUCCGAUGUGUGGAAAACCACGUUGGAGUGCCAGUUAAAUGGGUCGGAGUUGGAAAAUCAAGAGAGUCGAUGAUCCAGCUAUUUUAAACAAACGAAGAACUUUUGUGAUGAGAAGCACAAUUUAGUGUUCAUCUGUUCCUUACUGCUUCCUCUUUAAAUGGAGACGCUAUUUAAAAUCAACAUGUUCUUCUAGGAAUUUAAUAGAAAGAAAACAUAUAUUCUGUAUCGUAACGUUUUAUUUAUCUUGAAGCUCUCAGUAAAUUCUGUGUAAAAAUCUACUUGGUGGCCACCAUAAAAACUCAAAGAAUUACAAAUUCAUAACAAAAUAAGGAAAAAAAUAUUUUUUUAAAAAUUUGAGCUAUGCUACUGWUCAAAAGUGUUUUACAUCCAUAUAGAGUUACUUCUUCAUGCUGAAACCAGUAUUAAAACAUUUUCCAGUCAUUACCGGAUCAUUGUAGAAUUGUAAAGUUUGGAUUUAUUCUUCAUGUAUUAAAAUAUUGGGUCUGGGGGUUAUCUGGGGGUUAUAAGGCAAAUACCAUAUACUGAAUUGGCUGGAUUACACAGAUCUUCAGUUCCUAAAAUACAGUAAAGUUAGAUAAGUGUAUUUGACCACACAAUACAAAGCAAUUAUCCAUAAGCCUAUGAUUUUCUUUUUAAUAACAUUUUUUAAUAAGGUGGAAGCAAAGAGAGUCCUCAGGCUAAAAAUCACAUAGGGAGAAUGGAGCCAAGCCAGCAUACUGUGUUUUCUCAGUAACCUGAGACAUGUCUUCCUCCUAACUCCACGAUUCUAGUUUUGAAAUUUUUACUGGAGAUAUUUGGUGAGGAACUUGGGACUUGCUGCUCUAUAUGAGAUAGUUGCUUCCAUAGCUCUUAGAUUUCCAAGAAUAAAUCGAUGCCUGACUUAGUGAUGACUGUUGCAGUAUUUACACCCUUUGCACAUUUUGACCUUCCUCAGCAAAAUGGGAUAUUUAUAGAGGGAGAGAACAUAUGGCAGCUGGGAUUGGGACAGGGAGAAGCACCAACGCAGUCCCUAGAAUUCCCAGGAAUACACUUGGUUUUCUUGUGGAUCUUCAAAUUUGUAAUGGCUUCUAGAUCUCUCAGAAUGACUGAGGCCUACCUCUAGAAUAUACCAGGAACUGAGUUAUUCCAUAAGCAUGGAAUUUUCAGAGUAAAUGUUCCCUUUCUGUAAGUAUCUGAGACAGCUAUAACACCAUGUAUAACACCCUGUACAUCAUUUCCAGGUGCUGUGGAAAUGGCAUCUCAACCCUAGUAAUGCCAUUAUGUUGUAUGUGAAUGUAUCCCUUUUCUGAGAUAGUAAAUCCAAGGAUACCAAAUGAGGACAUUCUUUGCGUCAGAGAUGGGGAAAAAUAAAAACCUAUUAAGGGGCUUUCCAGAACAUGGAGUUUAUCUCAUGUGCACUCAGCCACUUUGUCUUAGUUUGCUCAAUUAUCUAAUAACUGCUAAUGUUCAAAAUCAUUUCUGUUAAGAAAAAAAAAAAUACAAGAAGACCGGUACAAGGACAUAGUAAGCACUUAAUUUAACUGCUUAUUGCUGCUUGUAGUGCAGAAUUCUUCUUACACCCUCUGGCUGCAGUGCAGUCUCUUCAUACCUCWGUUCACCACAGACUGUGGCUUUAUACUACAGUCAAAUACAUUUAUAUCUAAUAAAAAGAGCCCAAAGCUGCUAUGACUCCAUUGAUCAUCUGGGACAAGUCAUUUAACCUCCCUGCUACUGUUUUAUAAUCUGUUAAAUGGCCAUUAGGAAUACUUCCUUACCUUUUUUUAUACUGCUUUUUUUAAGGUCUGUGGGUUAAGUCCUGUAUUCCUGACUUUACACUGAUGAGGAGGUACUCGCCCUGCACAUUUAUGGGUGUUAUAAUGAAAGAGCAACAAAUGGGUUUUCAGACCAUAUUUAAUGUUUGUAAAGCGCUUUUGAAAGGUGCUGAAGAAGUGCUUAAAUAUUGCAAGCACUGUGAAUUGUACCUCAUUUAUAUGGGGUAAUUUAAGUUUAAAGAUGCUUGGAGAUACGCUAAUCAAGACUUAAUUUUAGUGUGGCUCAACCUUAUGACAUUUGCCUAUGGGAUGAUUGUUUCUUUUCUUGGCCUCAUCUUUAACAGUGCAUUUGUGUUAGGGGGUGGCCACUGUGUUUAAGCUUUGAUUGAUUUUUAUAGACUAUGUCUGUAAUGACUAACAACACAAUGUGCUAAAUAAUUGGAUUAAAUGAUGAACCUAAAUGAAGUAUUUGGCACAUUGAAAAAWUUGAUUCUUACAGCAUAUUUUUCCUAGGUUUAUUGUCUCUUGUUCAUGUAAUCUUUCAGUUUCCAUUAAGUUGCCUGUCUUUGCAUUCAAGGAUUCUUCAGAAACCCAGUGCUGUUGUCAGUGGGUAUCAUACAAUAGGCAAUAAUCUCAUGACUCUCUGUUACAGUAAAAAUAAUAUUGUGUAUUUCGUUUCAUAGCAUGUUUUUUUUUAAUGAAAGUUCUUCUCUGACUAAUUUUCUUAUGUAUUAUUAUUGAGUUCAAUAUGAAUAAGAUCAGGCUUUUGUUUAAAAGCUCUUUAGUUUACUGAGUGGCACAACCCUUAAUAAGAACUUUUUAAUGUAAACUUGCAGUCAUUUUGACUGUUUCCCAUGUGAAUUAUUUAGUAUUGUUUGGAAUUUCAUUUUAAUAACAAUCACUGUGAUGAAUUUAAUUGCUUCUUUCUSCCCAGCCAAAUGCAAUAAUAAUGACUAAAAUUGGUUUAUGCAUCAUCCUGUUAGAUAUCUUGAUGGAAGAAUAAGGGUAAAUGUCUAUUAAAAUAGCAUCAUUUCUUGUAAAGAUUAUUGUUUUUUAAAAAAAAAGCAGCAAUUAC